AAGCUCAGAAACGGAAUACGAGAAUUCACUAGAAGAGUGAGCAGGAGCGGCGUGUGCGCUAAAGAAAUAGACUAAAAUCUCGAAUAAAGUAAAAAUCUGAAUUUCAGUCAACGCGGGAGCUUCCGAAACACAAAGGGUGACCUCGAGAGAAAAGCGAGACGCUGUUGGUUGUUGGACGCUGUGUCACUUGGAAGAUUUUUAGGUUUUGUAUUUUUUUUUUAAACGGAGGUAAUGGCUUCUCAGAACAUGGACCCCGCUGCCAAUUCAUCCAACGCCGCCAGGAAAGGCGCCGAGACCGGCAGCAGCGCGGCGAAAGGUUCGGUGACGAAACGGCUACAGCAAGAGCUAAUGACUCUGAUGAUGUCUGGAGACAAAGGGAUAUCUGCUUUCCCAGAGUCGGACAACCUCUUCAAGUGGAUUGGGACCAUAGAUGGAGCAAAAGAAACUGUGUACGAAGGCCUGCGGUACAAGCUCUCCCUGGAGUUCCCCAGCGGCUACCCCUUCAACGCCCCCACAGUGAGGUUCAUCACCCCCUGCUUUCACCCCAAUGUGGACACGCAGGGCUACAUCUGCCUGGACAUCCUGAAGGACAAGUGGUCCGCACUGUAUGAUGUGCGCUCCAUCCUGAUGUCCAUCCAGAGUCUCCUGGGAGAACCCAAUAACGAGAGUCCCUUGAAUGUUAAUGCUGCAGAGCUGUGGGCAGAUCAAGAAGCUUACAAGACCCAUUUGCAUGAACAGUAUGCCAUUCAACAUAUGAAAAGCUGAAACUGUCCAACCUGCUGUCCUUUCUGUCUCUCCAAGUCUUAUUUAUUGUGUGUCUCUCUCUCCCAUCUUCCACUCCAAUUAUGUAAAUUCCCUAUAAUGUAAAAUACAUUAAGUUUUUUUUGUUUGUUUU